AUGGCGUCUGCUGCUGUGAGAAGUGGGUACUUGAUGGCAGAUUUCAAUUACUUCUUACUCCAAAUAGCCAAUGAAAUAAAAAGCGACGAAUUGGCGGAGAUGAAAUUUCUAUGCGAUUUACCGAGAGGAAAACUUGAACAAAUCACAAACCCAACGGAGCUCUUAAACAUCCUUAAAAGAAGCGAUAAAAUCAGACCGGGAGAAGUGAUGUAUUUAGUAACUCUGCUGGAAAGAGUAGGUCUCGUUAAGCUUGCUGGGGAAGUCAUGGAGCAAGGUAAGACGAGUAAAUUAUUAUUUACUUUGAAACGACGUUCGUUGCUCGAGGUGGUGUGGUCAUGAAAUGACUUGAAUGUGGAGUUCCUUUACCUUAUUUUAUGUUGUAAUGCUCGUUCUAUUGUAACCCUCGCCUGUUUUUUUCAGUUAGAAUACUUGAUCACUGCAAACUCAAUUCAAAAACUUAUCCCUCAGUCCCCAACUCUGUGAGCGCCAUGACCACUAAACGCACCGAAGCGGAAAUGAAAGCGAAACUGUGUACGCUCAUCCAUGCAUAGUCAGCAUAGUCAACCUUCUUCGCGGUGUCGCGGCCACUCUGAGGUACUUUUUUUGAGUACGGAACUCACUGUCGAGGACUACAAACGGGCCUUUGGGACUGCGGAAGUAGUCGUUUUUCAAACCCUAAGUUAAUAAUUUUUUGAGUAGAGGACCGUGGGACUACAGAUUAAGUCGCUUCACUCAUUCACUUAUAAUAUAAACUCCGAUAAUUCUUCUUCGACAAAAGGACUGUCGAUGGUUCAUCCGGGCUUAAUACUACCUCAAUAACACCUGUGUUCUCCCAACACAAGUAUCUCAAGCAUGACAUAUAUCUUUCGAGAACUGUUUCUUUUUAAUUUCCUCUUAUUCGUGUGAAUUGUACGCAUAAUUUAUGACAAGUCGAAGGCGAAGGGCAAUUUCCUUUUAGAGCACCAGUGACCUACACUGGGAAAACAAAAAGGUCUAUUAAAGGUUCAUACAGCUUCUUUUUCUAACGCCUGUUUCACGUUUUCAAUGCAACUGUUCAUUUUUUUUUUUGUUAAGUAGAAGGAAAGUAAAGGCGUAAACAGGCACACGACCACCGCUGGACCAUUGGAGGACUUGACUCAUCAACAUCCCUCCAAGCUAGCGUACCCUGCUUCGGUCCGAACAACUUCGUAAACGUUAAAACCAUGCUGAAAAGAAAACACUGCUAGCAGGAUAAGCUGGCAAGGUAUUCUAAAGUUCGGUUAUUUCUUAGCCCUGAUUGUUUUCUUGUAAAUACGUCUGCGUCGUGCCGGUAAUUUUAUAUGUCUUUUAUUGACGUUUUCCGGGAAGAGUAUCUACCGGUAGUUUCUCGUCCUGUUUCCGGACAAUCUUUGGAUUUGUUUUGCAACAUGCGUGUUGAUCACAGAACAAGAAACCUGAAAGUCUGAAACAACAUAUUGCACCAGUUGUAGUUUAUAAAUUCGUUAUGAGAGACUCUUUAUAGUUAACUGAGGUUUUUAAAAUGGUCAAUGUAUCUUGCUUGUCGAUCGUACAAAGAGUUUUGUUCACCUAAUUGCUGGUUUUUCGUGGACAACGUCUCUUUCGUUUCACAGUUACAGAGAAGCUAAGGGACCUUUUCCGGCGUGAAGUUCGUUUGGCGUGGGUCUGAAGAUUAUCAGUUUUGAUACCUCUUUGAGACGGUCUUUACCCCGAGGGGUCUUAACCUGGAGGAAAGUCGCCUCGGCUAACCACGUUAAGCGCCUAGGCUGCGUUUGAAGAGAGUAAACGCAUCCGUGUACAUGAGUAUUGGGGUAGGGACCAGUUACUCCGGAUUUUUAUGGAUUUAAUGAACUUUUUUAGUGGCAUAAAUUAACGCCAAUGACGUCAUGCAUAUCAUUAAGAUAGAAUGAUGUUAUAGGCUAUAACCCCGGUGUGCAGUUUGCAUUCCGAGUCCGCAGUCUGUGGUUAGACUGCAGUCUUCCGUCUACAUUUUGCAAAUGUAACACUGAAAUACAGUUUUUCUUUAGGAUCUUAUAGCGCCGACACAACACUUCCUCAUAAAGAAUCACAUUUUACAGGCAGAGAAGCAGAGGUGCAAGAAAUUGUUCAAAAACUUACCCAGGACCCGAAUCCUUCACGCAUCAUCAUUAUUGUUGGCAUCCCUGGGAUGGGUAAGACGGAAGUUGCCAUUCACGUCAGUCACUUACUUCAAGAGAAACACGAAAAGUCUGUUAUAUUCAUUGAACAAAAACAAAAGCUCUCAGAAGUCUGCAGCGAAAUCCUCCGUAAAAUUAAUCCUCUGGCUCCGAGACUCUCAGAGAGUCAUGAUAUGGUAUCGAUAGCGAAAAGGCGACUUAAAGAGCUUGAUGAGAAGAAAGUUAUUGUAUUAGACAAUGUAGAAGGUAUACAACAACAACAAGGAGAGCAAUUCGAAGACUUUUUAGAAUAUGUAGGAAGACACGCACCUCGUGUUCAGCUGAUCAUCACCACUCGAAUGGAUGUGGAUUUUCAUUCUCUGAGCGUACAUAAGGUGCUUCUAGACCGUCUGGACCCCGGUUCUUCUGCCAAAUUACUUCAGGACUCAGUUCCAGACCAAAAUGAACUGCACAUUAAGGAACUCGGCGAGCUUUGUGGGAUACCGCUGGUUCUUAUCCAAUUUGUAUGCUUAAUGAGAAACGGCUUCAGAGCGGAAACGUUGGUCAGACGUCUCAAAAUAAGUCCCAUCCAACUUCUGAAGAUCAAUGCAAAAAAAGCUUACAAUGAAUUGUGUACAUUCCUACUCUAUCUUCCAAAAACCAUAAAAGCAGACCUUGUUCGCCUUUCAAUUUUUCCAUUGGCGUUUUCCGUCGAAGACAUGACGGUUCUCUUUGGUGACCUAUCAGAGCCAGAGGAUGUUAAGGCCAAGAUGGUGGGGUACUCUCUUCUUCGAAGGAUAAACGAUACAAAGGUGGUUUUGCAUCCUUUGGUCCGCGAGUUCCUCAAAGCUGAGAGGAAACUUCUCAACAUGGAUGAUGUUGGUAAAGAAGCACAGAAAAAGUUUAAUCAGCAUUAUGUGGCACUGCUCGAAUCCUUAAGUAAACAAUUCAUCACCAAGCAGAAGUCGAAAGAAGCUAUUUCAACCUUUCGGGCAGAAAAAGCAAACAUCCUGGAAAUGUUCAAAAAUUUCCUGCACUCCGAAAUUGACCAGGAAGACACCGAGUUUUGCAUAGAUGUCGCUAACUCCACCAUGGUUUUAGAUUUCUUGGCCAAAGUCUUAUCUCCACCGUUUAAGUGUGUAAAACUGUAUGAAGACUGCUACCACAUUGCCAAAGCAUCUAAUGACAUGAGAAGACUUGCGGAUUGUCUAACUUCCUUGGGAUUUCUUGGCCUCUACAAAGAAGCUCACCGAGGGGUCAGCCAAGAUACUCUUGAGAAGUUUCAGCGGGCCUAUGAAAUCCGGCAGAAUUUGCCAAAGGAACAACAGCACUGUGAGACGCAUGCACACACCAUCUCCAAACUUGGGCUGUGUUACGCACUUCUGGUAAAAAUACGAAUAUAAUUAAGUUCUCUUUUUUAAGUGCCGUAAAAGUUUAAAAUAAUAUUACUUCCAUUACAUGACGUACAAGAGAAAAAAAUAUUUUGAUGCCAAUGGGACAAUACAAAAGGGGCCUUGAGGGGGUUUCUUCGAAGUACCCGCACCUUUUCGGAUACUUUGUAGUUUUAAAGGAGCUGUGUCACGAAAUUCAGCCAAAUUAGGUAAUUACAAAAUGCCCGUUAAAUUAAGAGAAACGUGAAAAUAACCGCUUAAAACAUUAAAGGAAGGUUAAAAUAACACAAGAGAUACAACAGAUGCCACGAAUGGUAAAAACUGAGGAAGAUUGAAACGGAUUGAAAUGAGGAUUUUUGAGGACUGUUCAGCCUAACAGUUUUUCAAAGUUGAUCUCUACUGUUUGCAACUUCAAAAAUAAUGCUCUGGAGACAUAUUUGUUUGUCUCGAAUCUCUGAUUUUGUCAUUUCCAUGUAAUUUCCUUGCUUGCUUUAAGUUCCGUAGCGAUUGAGGGCGAGUAAUUGGCAAAAUUAAACAAAAUGAACUGGACUGCUGUGACACAGCCCCUUAAACCAAAAUUAAAUCUCGAUGCUGCCACUUUGUAACAGUUCAUCAUAAGACAUCCGAAGAGAAAAACAGGCCAUGAUAAGCAUGUCGUAGCAUAUUAAAAGUAAAUGCCCGAUUGAAAUACUGGCCUUGGGGCAUUCCACGGGUAGGCUUUAUUUAUUUAUUAUUUAUUCCAAAAAGUAAUAACAAUAAAUUGUGCGCAGGAUCGCUGACUUUAUUUCGCAACAGAUUAAGGAUUUUUUAAAUAUUAAUUAAUACGACUGCAAAUAGUUUUAAUUAUGAUAUGCAAAUGAUGUUUUUAUUCUAGUUUUUAGGUUUUCGAUUUUUCUGUCUGUAUAUAAUGUUUUAGAUUCUAGAUUGUAACUUUUCAUCAUUUAUUAUGGGGAAUCCUUUAUAUAGGGUUGACCUCUAGAUAUCCCCUUUCGAGAGAUAUUUGUAACUUUAGUUUUUAUUUCUUGAAUAAAGUAUUGUAUUGUGUUGUAUUGAACAGCUUUCUAAGCAAAAAAGAAUAGUCCUUAGAUCCAAAAUAUCUGUAUGUUAAAAUGUUUUUUUGCUUGUUAUAGGGCAAAGGAGAACAAGGACGCGACCUAAUACAAAAGGGUAUUAAUCUGAGGAAGGAGCUUGGAGUGCCUCUGUAUGUCUCAGCAGGUUGUUGUGAUCUUGGAAGUGAGUACCUAAUUCAUUCACUUUCUCUGUGAAAACUUAACUUUCCAAUUUAAUUUGUAUUAAUAAAACCAUCAUGUCAUUACGAUGGCACUUUUUUUUCUGGCUCGAGCCAAUGAUUUAGGGUUAGUUCAAAUAAUCAGUAACGGUCAUGUUACUGUGUGCUGCAAAAAUGUGAUUAAUCUGUAUCCAUUUAUCCAGCUUUUGUGUCUAUAAAUGGAAGUUGUCGAGGUGCGGACGACUUGUAAAAUACAUAGACACUGGGCGAGUUAGGCAAUUCAGUGAACAUCUCGUUUUUCGGUGCGCUCAUAAAUGCCUAAAGUAGGAACAUUUUUAUGUAAGUAUAGUUUGGAGCUGACCAAACUAUAAGUCAGGCCCGGCCAGGGGUUUUGGGUAUACGGUAUCCCGGGCUAUUUCAAUUCAGGUAUAUGGUAUUUUUUGGUCAAAAUUCGGGUAUGAAGUAUUCAGUUUUUCCUGAAUUCUAGGUAUUCGGUAUAUGGUACAGUAAUUCAUUUCUCAGUUUUAUUAUCGCUCUAAUACUCACUAGAAAUAGUGUGGAUGCUCGAAAUUGUUACUGUUUGGCUUCCUAUCCCAGUCUCCCACCACCAACACCACCCACAAAUUCCACCCACACCACCUCCCGAAUCGCAAUCUCGUACCCAGGGCACACAGGGCUCGUUGAAAGUUUAGGGUAUCAAGGGCUCAACUUCCCAGACCCAAGGACAAGACGGAACACUAUCUUCUACUACACUGAACUUCGUGAAGAUGAUACUGGAAGGCCUCACUAGACUGAGGACAAAGGUGAUGGAACUCAGAUCAAUCCAGACUUCAUUCAACACUUAAACAUUGAAAGCCUUUUAACUCUCUUUGUUGAAAACUUCUUUUCCAGUAUGAGAGGGGGUAAUACGGACACUCCCAUGAUGCUCGACUUUUGCUUGCGCUUUCCCUGAUGUAUUAACGAAUUAUUAAAACGUGUCACAGGUACGAGCUACAGGUACUUUACAAAUCCAGUGGCCUCGUACUACCUUCAGCCUACUUUAGGUGAUGUUGAUAUAAACUUCUGUGACCUUGCAAAAUUACCGAAGCCUUUGUCUGGUUGCUUAUCCAAGAAGCAACUGGAUGAGAUCUGUCAGUGGGUACAGCAAUACAGUAAGAGUGUCGGGCAGGAUACCACAAGGAACUUUUCAACAAAAGACAAGCCAGGCACCCUACCAUUGCACCUCUACGAGUCUGCACCCCCGGAGCAACAUUCAGUUGACUUUGACGUGCUUCUCAAUGAAGACAUCCCCGUUCAACACCAAGAUACCAGCACAGCACGUAACAUUGUCAUCGCCCAGUCUACGUAUGUUGUAGUUUCCCGAAUAUACAAACCGCGUUCUGCUCCAAACAGCCCACUGUAUAUUACAAAACUAUUAGAGGAUGUGGUUGAUGACUAUGAUAGUGCUUGUCACGUAACAACUCUCUGUUACACCCAAGAUGUUGUCGAUCCUCUCCUAUUCACUACUUCGGGAGAAGAGCAUGUCAUCUCAAAAGAGGGCAUAAAGGGGUUGUGAGCAGCAUUACAGUUGUUGACAAUGAAACUGUUGAAAUAGAUGAGGGGGAGUAUUAUCUGCUCCUGGCCUUGGUGAACGGAUCCACUGACACCACCCUCUCCCAAUGAAGCUGAUGAAGAACCUUUUGCAGAGAGCGUUGAUGGACAAGGUGACGAGGAUUCGAUCACCAUGGACGCUGGCCGACCGCAAAGGAAGCGGAAGAGGAAAGUGAACCAGGAGUUUCUCUUUUAUUAAGAUCUGACUUGUUCAUUUUCAGGUAUUUAGUAUUCUGUUUCAAAAUAAUUUUAGGUAUUUGGUAUCACACAUUUUACGAUUUUGUUGAUAUAUUGGUAUCUUGGGGCCGAAAUAGAAGGUAUAUUGGUAUCCCACUACCCCCCCUGGCCGGGCCUGAUAAGUCUUUCGAACGCACUUGUGUUAAACACCAAUUAAAAUACAUUUCGACGCCUUAAACGAGCUUUUUUUUAAAACUUGUUUUAGACACCUAUAGAGCGUGCGGGGACCAUAAACAAGCAAUAGACAUCUGGAAAAGAGAAACUUUACCAGUCUAUAAAGAUGAGCUUGGUGACCACCCUUGGACAGCCUCGAUCCUGCGAUACAUAGCCAGUUCGUACAGGUGUCUUGCGGAAUCUGAAUCUGCAGAUUCUGGAAUAGCUGAUCAAGNACUUGUUCAUUUUCAGGUAUUUAGUAUUCUGUUUCAAAAUAAUUUUAGGUAUUUGGUAUCACACAUUUUACGAUUUUGUUGAUAUAUUGGUAUCUUGGGGCCGAAAUAGAAGGUAUAUUGGUAUCCCACUACCCCCCCUGGCCGGGCCUGAUAAGUCUUUCGAACGCACUUGUGUUAAACACCAAUUAAAAUACAUUUCGACGCCUUAAACGAGCUUUUUUUUAAAACUUGUUUUAGACACCUAUAGAGCGUGCGGGGACCAUAAACAAGCAAUAGACAUCUGGAAAAGAGAAACUUUACCAGUCUAUAAAGAUGAGCUUGGUGACCACCCUUGGACAGCCUCGAUCCUGCGAUACAUAGCCAGUUCGUACAGGUGUCUUGCGGAAUCUGAAUCUGCAGAUUCUGGAAUAGCUGAUCAAGCUGAAAUGUACAGCACAGAAGCUCUAGAAUUGCGAAUCAAGCUGCUAGGGGAACAUCAGGAUACCGCUCGAUCCCAUGUUGACCUUAGCGACAUCUUCUACAUUAAAAAAGAUUUCAAGUCAGCUAUGGAGCAGCUUGAAAAGGCCAUUAAAAUCCAGAAAGACGUUUUAGGCGAAGAACAUGAGACCACGAAGAAAACAGUAGAGCAAUUGAAGAAAGUACAGUCCAUGGUAGAAUGAAAGAUAUAGAGGAUAUUACAUGGCCGCGCGGAG